UCUGAACCAGAUGGAAAGAGGUUCUAGGGAACCAAUGCACCCCGAGCCUGGGGUUUGGCUACAAGAGCCCUGUGAAAGCUCCGAGAAGGCGGGUCAGACUUCCCUGUCCGACUCCCAGUCCUUUAGCUGGCUCAGGGCAAAAACAGCCGGCGAUAAAGCUGAUUGGGGGACACGUGGAGGGGCCGAAUGUCGCUUGACUUCGAAGGGACACAUCCACCCGGUGGCCGCGCGUCACGGGCACCGAGGGCAGGAGGCGCGGGCGGGGACUCGGCACUUCCCGCGGGGUCUCGCGUUCGCAGACUUCUCGCCCGGGAGGAAGGCAGUCGUCCGAGAAGCCGGGGUGUCUUCCUGGAACUGCGCACAGGACCGACUGGACGCCCUCAGGAGGGGCGAGGAAAAUGAAACCAUAGAAACUUUAUUGAGGCACUUGGAAAACAACACAAAGAAAACCAUCGAAACCGUGAGGAGCUGGAUGAGGUCAGUCCCACAGAAACGCAAGAAGGGGCUCCCAGAAGAUCAAGUCAAGGAGAUUAAGAAGGAGGAGCUUCCAGAAGCCGAUUGGAUCCUGCUAAAGGAAAAUUAAUUCAGCACACUUUAUGAAGGAAAACAGCGCAAAUCUCCAGUGGCCAUAAAAGUAUUCAGCAAACCCCAGGCCAGAGACAUUGGAAUAAUGAGGCAUAGUUUCAAUAAUGAAAUCAGAACCAUGAAGAAAUUUGAUUCCCCCAACAUCCUGCGUAUGUUUGGGAUUUGCACUGAUGAAACAGUGACCCCACCUCAGUUAUCCAUCGUCAUGGAGUACUGUGAGCUCGGGACCCUGAGGGAACUGCUGGAUCAGGAAAAGGACCUCACCCUUGCCAAGUGCAUCAUCCUGGUCCUGGGGGCAGCCAGAGGCUUAUACAGGCUGCACCAUUCGGAAACACCUGCAGAACUCCACAGAAACAUCAGCAGCACGAGCUUCCUGGUAACUAAAGACUGCAAUGUGAAGCUUGCAGGAUUUGAGUUGAGCAAAACACAGACUUCCGUCAGCUGACCAACUAAAGGAAAAGAAGCAGAGAGAGUCAAUUCUGCCACAUACAUCUCACCUCAGAGACUGGAAAAUGUGUAUAAUAAAUAUGACAUAAAAGCUGAAAUAUACAGCUUUGGAAUCGUCCUCUGGGAAAUCGCCACUGGGAAAAGCCCAUUUGAAGGCUGUGAUUCCAAGAAGAUCUACCAGCUGGUGGCUGUGGACCGGCAACAGGAGCCAGUGGAUAAAGAUUGCCCUUCACAGUUGCAGGAGAUCAUUGAUGAUUGCUGUGCAUAUGAGCCCUCCAGGAGGCCCUGUGUUAAAGAAAUCUUAGAGAGACUGUCUACUUUUUGUUAAGCCAAGUAUUGAAACUGAAACUGAGUCCCUGAACAAGGAGCUGGAAGAGCACAAGCUGGGCAUCUUUCUCCCUCAUAUCCUUCAGCAUGGAGUUAUUUGUGGGUGCAGGAAGGCAGCACUUGUCUGUUACAAAUAGAAAACAACUCCAGUAAUACAGAGCCCAUCCCACUCCAAAUGAUAUUGUCAAAAAUACACCUCUGAUGGUAACUCUGAUAGAUGUUUUACAAAAAUAUAUCUCUCUCUGGAUCCACACCUCUUGGCAAUUCUUGAUUUUUUUUAACCUAGAAUAUUUUUUAAGUAAAAAAAAAAAAAAGGUAACGAAUAAACAUGAACAAGUUGAACAUUGAAAAUGAGUCUUUUCUAGAGCUUAUCAUCAGAUACUACUAUUUUCAUCUUUAAAAUCUUUUGUUCUCUUUGCUGUAGGAGCUACAGUGAACAUGCUCCCUUAUAGAUUAAUUAUACACGCUCUAGCAGACCCACAAGCAGAGGUAGAUUUACUGUGAAACUAAUAAAGCUUAAUCUUCAGGGCCCCUCACUCACACAAGACAUCUUCCAAAGUCUGGUACCUAAUUUUUUCCUCAACAUUUAUAAAUAUAAAUAUUUUCAAAUACACCGAAAAGUCAGUAGAAUUAUACUCUGAACAUCUGUAUAGUCACCACCUAGAUUCUAUACCUAACAAUUCACUAUAUUUUAUCACAUGCGUAUCAGUCCUCCCCUUCCUCUUCCCAUCCAUUGAUCCAUCCUUAUUUUUUAUGCAUUUAGAAGAAAAUUUCAGACAUCAGCACACUUCAUUCCUAAACACUUCAGCAUUUAUAUCAUUAACUGCAGUUCAAUAUUUGUUUACAGGGGUUUUUUUUGGCGGGGGGGAGGUAAACUUCCCAUGUUGUGAGAUGCACAAAUCCUAAAUAUACCAUUUGAUGAGUCUGACAAAUUCAUACACAUGAUUAAUCCAAACCCCAUCAAGAUGAUGAACAGUACCAUCAUGCCAAAAAGUUCUGUUAUGCCCACACAAUCAGUCCUUCUCCUCACUCUUGCCCCACAAUUCUGAUUCCAACAGCACUUUUGAGGUAUAAUUGUCACACAGUAAACUACACAUAUUUAACAUGUGCAAUUUGAUGUUUUGACAUGUAUGCACCACUACAAUCAAGAUAAUGAAUAUGUCCAUCAACUCCCAAAGCUUCUUCAUGCUCCUUUAUAAUCACUCCCUUCCAUGCCACCCCCUCCCCAUUUCCCUAGGCAACCACUGAUCUGCUUUCUGUCACUAUAGAUUAGUUUGCAUUUUAAAGUUUUAUAUAAAUGAAAUCAUAUGGUAUAUAAUAAGUUUGCCUUCUUUCACUCAGUAUAAUUAUUUUGAGAUUCACCCAUGUAAUUGCAUGUAUCGAUAUUUUAUUCCUGUUUUACUGUUGAAAACUAUUGCAAGGUAUGUGUGUAACCGUUUAUUUAUCCAUUGGCCUGUUGAUGAACAUUUGAGUUGUUUGUAAUUUUUGGCUAUUACAAAUAAGGCUGCUAUGGAUUUUCAUGUACAAGUCUGUUUGAAUAUAUGAUUUUAUUUCUCUUGGGUAAAUACCUAGAAGUGAACAGCUAGAUCAUAUGGUAGAUGUACGUUU